AGUUGCCGACUUUGGGUGUGGACAACGAGCUAGGCUGGGUUUAUUACUCGGACUCUGGGCCAUAUGGAUAGCAUUGAUAUCUCGGUUCCACCUGCGCGUCACUGACUUAAAUGUGUAGAAAGUCUUCAAGCUGAGGUACAGUGAAAUCUCUGCAGAAGAAGUUGACUAUUUGACCCACAUUGGAAAGACACCAGAACAUAGAAAAUAUUAAGAACCUUUUUGGCAUCCAGCACUUGAGUGGGGUUUUUGUUCUUCAACAUGGAUAUUACAACUGAUUGUAAACAAGAUCUCUCAAAUGAAAUCUAUCGGCUUGGAACAUUUAUCAACUUUCCAUCUGAUUCCCCAGUAUCUGAAGCAACAUUAGCCAGAGCAGGUUUCUUCUACACGGGUAUCAAAGACCAGGUUAGGUGUUUCAGCUGUGAUGGGGCAGUAGACAACUGGCAGCAUGGAGAUUCUGCUGUAAGAAAACACAGGCAGCUAUUUCCAGCUUGUCCAUUUAUUAAUGGUUCAAGCCUGAAUGAACAAACUGCAAGCUCCAGUUUUUCAGGUGCAUCUCAUGACCCUGCAAAUUCCGAUCAAGCAGUUGCAACUAGUCCUCGUGCUUCAGAAAAUGGCCCUUGCAACCAUUUGAAUGUUGUCCACCAAUAUCGUAAUCAAGUUCUCAACAAUCCUGUGAAAAGUAAAAGUAUUGAAGACCUGUCCCAUCUACGACCUAAAAAUCCUGCAAUGUGCAGUGAAGAAGCCAGACUUUCUACCUUUGCCAAAUGGCCUAGUUAUGCAAUUGUAACACCAAAAGACCUUGCUAAAGCAGGACUUUAUUACACGUGCAAAGAUGAUCAAGUACAGUGCUUUUGUUGUGGUGGGUUAAUGAAAAACUGGGAACCUGGAGAUCGAGCUAUGACUGAACACAAGAGACAUUUCCCCAUGUGUGCGUUUGUUUCAGGGCGUUUUAUUGGAAAUAUACCAAUUGAUCCAAAUUGCGGUGAAACAGAUGUUAAUCGGUCUGAAAAUGAACCUAAAGCAAAUGCUUUUCAUUUACCUAAACAUCCAGACAAGCAGACACUUGAUUCACGCCUUCAAACCUUCAAAAGUCAAGUGCAUUUUCCACUUAAUAUUGCUGACCUUGCAAGAGCUGGAUUUUACAGUACAGGCGAAGACGACAAUGUUAAGUGUUUUCACUGUGAUGGAGGCCUGAGGAAUUGGGAGUCUUCUGAUGAAGCUUGGGAGCAGCAUGCAAAAUGGUUCCCAGGGUGUGCUUUCCUGAUAGAACAGAAAGGCCGUGACUUUGUCAAUGACGUUCAGUUGAGGAAAUUGUACUCCAACUCAACAACUGAAACUUUGCCUCAAGAUGACCUUUCUACACAUCUACCAGAAACUGAGAGCUACUUGAAUCAAUCUCCUGUUGUUCAGGGUGCUCUUGAGAUGGGGUUUGACAAAUCUCUAAUUAUACAACUCAUGAAAAAGAAACUGCAAUCAACAGGUGAUACCUAUAAGUCUGUUGAAAUGUUGGUUACAGAUAUUCUGGCAGUUGAAAGAGAUGCACCAGAAAAGGAACAUGAAGAUCAGCAGGCAGAAACAAGUGUGGAGGAGCAGUUGAGAAAACUGAAGGAAGAGAAGUGUUGCAAAAUUUGUUGGGAUCGAGACGUUUGCAUUGCCUUUGUACCCUGUGGUCAUAUAGUCACAUGUAAGGAAUGUUCUGCUGUGCAGAAAUGUCCUAUAUGCUGCUCACAAAUUCGUGACAGAGUUAGAAUAUACUUGUCCUAAAUAAUGGGAUAGAAUUCUUUACCCAAGUUUUGUAGUAAAAAGGGAUUGAUUUGAUUGAUAUUGUAAAAUAAAUGCUGUUAUUUAAUUGUACACUUACUGAAAUAAUUGUAGAUUCCAUAGUAUGCAAAUUAACAAUCAACAUGCAGAACACAACUGUCAAAGCAAUGUUGUAUACAAAUUUUCAAGAAUAAUGUUAGACUCUGACCUUGUCAAUCAAGUAGUAUAUCAGCAUAACCUGUUUAAUCAAUGUGAGAUUACUUUUUAAAUCUCCUAACCUUGGGCUUCAGUGCAAUUCCUGCUCUAGAAUGGAAUACUCCAUCUCUUAAAGGAUUCUCUUACAACUAGCUGUGUAAUGGAGUGUUUGGUUGAACAAAUAAAAACCUUUUUUUGGUAAAGUAUGCAAUUUUAAUUAGUAACUCAGCAAAAAAAAAAUUACUGCUCUUAAAUUACGUGCAAUUCUUGGAAUUAACACUUUGACGACAGCCCUUGCAACACUUUAAGUGUGGACAGUUACUCUUUUUUUCUCUCUGGUAUGCUUUCUUCCAAAAGACAAGUUGCCAAUGAGUAUUUCUAUUUCUGGGAGGGUGGGGUGGAAAAUUGGUGAAUUAUGGUUUUAUGGAAUUGGAAAUCUGUCAUGAACUGUACAUUAAUCAAAAAUCUAAUUUUAAAUUACAGGAAGAAUGCAAAUGACUUAGGAAAAGUAGUAGUCUGCCUAGACUACUUGAAGUUCUUUAAAUUAUCUUGCAUUGCAAUCCCAAAACAAGUGUUUUACGACUAAGUUGUAGCUGGAAAUGCUAAACUAAAAUGUUCAUCUUAGAAGCUGAACACUCCGGUCAGCUGGUGGUGUAUAGUUACAUCAUUGCUACUGAAAAUUAAAUGUGCCAUUCAAUGGUGGGCUACAUAAUAUUUUAAAUAAAUAAAUCCUGAGCCAAGAUCACAAUGUUCAAAAAAAUUGACAGCAUCAUUUGCAGUGAUUGGAGUCUCUACUUACCUGGUAAAUAAUGAUCCAACUUGAGCAACAGUAUUGAAUCCUUGAAGUAAUGAUGUUGAAUACAGUAUUCCUUAGUUUUUAAGUUUUCAAUUUUUGUUUUAUGCACUUGCAUAAAAUACAUUUGGAAAAUGUUCAAACUGCCUUUUUUUAAAUUUGGCUAUUUUCCAUAUUUGUGAUCAAAAUGAAACCUUUGUUCAUUGGUUAAAUUAUACACUGACCUGACAUACAUAUAUUCCAGAGAAGUUCAAUAUCUUCCUUUGAUCUGAAACUUCGACCAUGUACUUUUGUACAGGCCAAAUUUAAAAAUACUGUUCUUCAAGCUGUAUGUCACCCCUGUCCCUUGAAUUGACAUGACAUGGAUCUUGAUUUGUUUUCAAUUGAAGAUUGAUUGAUUUUAAAGCUUGAACACAUGUAUUUUAUUUAGUCUUGCAAUGUUGAGAACUGAUUUCUAAUAAAGGUUUUAUUUUCCCUAA